AUGGCGCCACCAAAUACCCAGUUACUCAUUGCAAAUAACAGAAAGAGGCCCAAAGUAAAAGGUUGUUAUCAGUGCUCACGACGUAGAAUCGACUGUGAUCGCCAAGAACCAACCUGCAAGAAAUGCACAACAAAAGGAUUAACAUGUAGCGGGUUGGGUAUUCGAUAUAGGUUCAACGGCAGCUUAGCAUCUCGAGGCAAGCUUGUUGGUAAAACUGUCCCUACGACACUCUCGUACGGUGGGGAAACCGAUACGGACACAUCAAGCCUGAUUAAUGCAAAGUCGCGUUCAUCGAUUAUCUCUCGCAGAAAAGCCCCCAGUCCCACACUAAAACAAAAAUAUACGGCUCGACAUGAACAAAAACCCAGGAGUCGAUCUGACAAUCGUCGUAUGACGCCGCAGUGGCUCUCGAGUAGCACCAAUAGCCGGAUAAUGGAGAAUAAGGAGGAUACAACAGUAAUCGUUAAGAGGUCUCUCAACCAUGUUGAUGGUGAAACACAGUAUUUGAUGCAGUACUUCGCUGAACACAUCGCUCCGGCGGCAGCAGUAAUCGAUAGAGGCUGGAAUGGCUUUCGAGAUCUACUCCUACCAUAUGCUGAAAUAGAGCCGUUUGUCAGAAGAGCGAUUGCAGCUGUCUCAAGACAGCAUAUCAUUCUACGACUUGGAGGUGACUUUGCUUCCGACAUCCGGGAAUACAACGGCCUUAUUUCAGAGUUGGUUGCGAGAUCAAAAGUGUUUGCUCCAAACCAGGAUAUACCCAGCUUGAUAGUACUUCUACUUUUACACUAUAGGGAGACUGUUAGUGGAGGGAAUGGGUUCAAGUACCUUUAUGGGUCGUUGAAGUCAUUGCCGGAUUUGACGAUACAGAAUAGCUUGCCGGGUCAAUUAUUUGAGUUGGCGCGAUUCGUCAAUAUACAAAUACUGAGACUGCGUCUCUUUGCCGAGCCCCUCUUUGACGAAGCAGAUGGGAAACAAUAUCUCUCAGUCCACCGAACAAGAUGUUUCGAGUUCCUACGAUUUUGUCAAAGCCUGCACCCCGAAUACGAAGAGCUUAUGAAGCUCUUAUUUGCAGCAGUGACUUUAGCAUGUGAAGCUUAUAUUCGACGGGCAUGUUUCGAUCCUCCGUCAAACGAAGCGGCUCAUCUAAUCGAAACGUUCCGCCAGCUCGUCCAGCGAGUGAAGAGUUAUGGUAAUGUUGUAGGCCAAAACUUGCUUGCUUGGCCAUUUUUCGUUAUGGCAGCAGAAAGUUCGACACAAGAGGAUCGAGAUUUUUUUCUCAAUGAGUUGCAGUCGCUGUACGAGGCUACGGGAUAUCGGAGUGCUCUUCGGGGUGUAGAAACGAUUCGGAACAUGUGGCAAGCUGGGCUGAAUACCAGGUGGACGAGCUUACUUGGUGGAUAUGAUCAGUUUUUAAUCAUGUAG